AUGCAACGAAAGACGAUCAGUAACCGGCCAGCAACUUGUGAUGCCCCGGAAAAACAACAGCAUGCGUGCCGGUCACGACGGGUUCUUCACGAUUACAACGAUGAGCAUACAGUGGUUUGGCGUCGGAGUUGUGCCGUUGAGAAGACGGUGAGCAAUGCUCGGAAGCGUCGAAUUUCGCACACUUGGCAGUGGUCUCGGAGGAGUUCGUUCGAAGAGAAUGUGCUACGGAAAGCGGAAAGUAUUCGUUCUUCAGCGGCCUGUUAG